ACCAGUUAUGCUGCACUACCUCCGGACUUCUCCAUCGAGAGAAGAUUAUGACGAUGACUUCUUUCGAUCUCCAACUCGCCUUUGUCCUCGUCGUCUCGUGCCUCUCAUACUCGAAGAGCCAGAUUCCCACCACUCUUGACGGCCCGUUCUCGCCGGAAACUCGCCGGUUUGAUCCGUCCCUCCGCCGCGGUAGUGAAGAUGUGCCCAUGGAAGAUCCCAGGCUUGCCAAGAAGGUCCGGUCAAAUUUCCCCGAGCAAAUCGCUCUGGCUGCUUCCUUUUCAUCGACUUCGAUGUGGAUUUCGUGGGUCACUGGGGAUGCGGUGAUAGGGAAGAAUGUGAAGCCGCUGAACCCGUCGUCGGUGGGAAGUGAGGUUUGGUACGGGGAGGAGAGCGGGAAGUAUACAUUUGUGCGGCAUGGAAAGGCUGUGGUGUACAGCCAGUUGUAUCCGUUUGAAGGGCUUUUGAAUUAUACGUCGGGCAUUAUUCAUCACGUCAGGCUUGAUGGCCUUAAACCAGGGACAAGGUACUAUUUUAAGUGCGGGGACACCUCGUUAAAGGCUAUGAGUGAAGAACAUUCAUUGAAAACUUUUCCAUCAUCUCACAGUGAAAAAUUUCCCCAUAAAAUAGCAGUUGUUGGAGACCUAGGACUUACAAGCAACUCAACCGCCACCAUCACUCAUCUAGACAGGAAUGAUCCGUCUCUGAUCUUAAUGGUUGGAGACUUGACCUAUGCAAAUCAGUACCAGACUACAGGUGGCAAAGGAGUUCCAUGCUAUUCAUGUGCAUUCCCAGAUGUGCCAAUUAGAGAGACAUACCAGCCACGUUGGGAUGGAUGGGGAAGGUACUCUAAGAGAUUGAUAGCCAAAUAAGUAGUUCUUGAAUAAUGAUAAUUUGCUUUAUCUUGCUAUAUUUCCACUGCAACAUACUGAAAUUUUGUUGUCUUCUU